AUGGCAGGAGAGAUGAUGCCGCUCGUCGCGCUCGAGGAGCACUUCUUCUCUUCGCACGUCAAGGACUGGGCGAGGUACGGCUACGGCGAGCAGUUCAAGCACCUGCCGAACGUGGUGAAUCAGCUGCUUGAUCUCGACGCGCUCCGGCUGUCGCACAUGGAUGCGAGCGGCAUCGCGAUGCAGGUGCUUUCGCACGGCCCAGGCCUCAGCGUCGGCGGCGAUGGCGACGCGCUCUCGGAUUGCCGUCGGGCGAACGACCUCGCGCACGGCGCCACGCAGCGGCACCCGGGACGGUUCGCGGCCUUCGCGGCGCUGCCGAUGGGCGAGCCCGAGGCGGCCGCUCGCGAGCUGACGCGGUGCGUGACGCAGAUGGGCUUCAGAGGCGCGCUGGUCGACAACCACGUCGCGGGCCGCCACUACGAAGGCGCGGCGUACCACGUGUUCUGGCGCACAGCACAGGAGCUCGACGUGCCCGUCUACUUGCACCCCACCUGGCCGGCGGACGGGGUGCAGAAGCCGCAGUACGAAGGCGAGCUGAGCGCGGGCGCCGUCGCCAGCCUGGGCAGCUCCGGCUGGGGCUGGCACAGCGACGUCGGGGCCCACAUCCUCAAGCUCUUCGCCGCCGGCAUAUUCGACCUGUUCCCCAAGCUCAAGAUCAUAGUCGGCCACUUCGGCGAGAUGAUCCCCUUUAUGCUCGAGCGUGUCGAGUACCUCAGCAAGCGAUGGGGCGAACGCAAACGCCCCUUUGGCGUCGUCUACCGCGAGAACAUCUGGAUCACGACCAGCGGCUGCUGGUCCGUCAAUCCGAUGGCGUGCAUUCUGCGCAACACCCCGGUGGACCAUAUCCUCUUCUCGGUAGACUAUCCGUUCGCGAAGAAUGAGGAGGGUCGUCAGUUUAUGCAAGAUCUUGAGAAGAGCGGCCUGGUCACCCAGGAGCAGCUUGAAAUGAUCGGGUACAGAAAUUCCGAAAAGUUACUGGGUCUUAGCGUCGCUGACGGGCGGAAAACAAUAUGA